GUGGGCGGUCCCCGCAAUGAUGGCGCCAGGCGCAGGGUAGAGGAGGCGACCCCCGUCGAUGGUUCGUGACCUCGUCUCGGCCGCAUCAGCUUCGCUUCACGCGGACGCGGCCGGUACCGCGUGGCGCGACGGGCCCGCGCGUCGGGACGCAGCGCGGCCGCUCCCCGAACGGAUGCACGGCGCUCGCGACGGGUGCACGACCUAGGCCGCACAGCCUGCGGUGUUGCCUUGAGGCGCGGGCCGCAACACGGGCCGUGGACGCGGGGGACGCUAGGUGCCCAAGCUCCGGGCUCGGCCACGCAUUGCCACGCCGCUCAGCUCGUGUCCUCCCGCUCCUCCUCCUCAGCCUUCCCUGCGCGGGUCCCGUAAGCCGAGGGGCAAGGCGCGUGGUUCUCGCGUGGGGCGCGAGGUUCGCGCCGCCGCCACUGCUUGCGGGACGGCCAUGUCGAAGGUUCGGCGCACGGUGACGGUGGAGAGCUCCAAGACUGUGUCGGAAAACGCGCUGCGCCGGCCCAGCGUCUUUGAGCGACUGGGCCCUGGUGGGGGCGGAGGAGGAGGAGGAGGCGGCGGCGCCGGCACUGGCGGAGGCACCGCCAGCACUACGGUCACCCCCGUGCAGUCCAAGACAACUGAGAUUUGCCGCAACUGGAUGAAGGGGCGCUGCAACUAUGGCAACAGCUGCAGAUUCAGCCAUCCGCUCCCACGAAGCAAGAACUACCGCGGAAGCAAUCGCAGGUCCCCCGACCGCGUGACCACCGAUCUGCGUGAGCGCAUGAAGAACAAGCGGCAGGACUUGGAGGCAGAGCCGACGUCUCGCAGGCAGGAAGCUUCACCCUCCCCUGGCAGGAGAGACUCCACAAAGGUGAAGCGCCGGAGCAAGGAGGAGGCCAACAUCAAGAUCAUCAAGGCACGCACGCCCCCUGAGAGUGACGGAGAACCUCCCGCCUGGGACCAUGCCCGUGAGGGUAAGAAAGGCUGCUCUUUGACAGACUCGGACAACGGUGACGCCGCCUACGACUUUGGACAGGCGCUGUCGCUGGAGCUGCAGCGCCAGAAGCUGCAGCUAGAGCUGAUAAAGCUGGAACAGGAGCGCGAGCUGGAGGAGCGUGAGGAGCUCGUCAUCCAGAAGCAGGUGUCUCCGGAACCGGCCGUUAGCAAGCGGUCGCCAUCCCCCAAGAGGAAGUGCAAGUCCCCGAAGAGGAGGAUCCUUUCUCCGUGCUCCCCCUCGGCCCCACAGCCUCCCAACAAGAAGAACAAGAAAGGGCCAAGGACGCCGUCUCCACCCGGCGACGCUGAGCGGAAAUACCCCAAGCUGCUGGGCAAGAAGAAAGGGCCGCGCACGCCCAGCCCUUCGCCGCUCCCGCCCAGCAACGAGGCCCGGCUGCUGAAGAAACACAAGGACAAGCUGAAGGAGGCGGAGGGCAAGAACAAGGAGCGCAAGGAGAUGCGGGACGGCAAGGCGGCGCGCGGUGACGCCAAGGAGCCCAAGCACAAGGGCAAGGACGUGGAGCGCGGCCGUGACAAGGACCGAAAGGACCGCGUGAGAGACAAGGGGAGGCACCACUCGGACUCCUCCACCACCAGCCCCCAGCACUCCCCGUCCCCACCGGCCAACCGCGCAUCCCGACGGUCCCCGUCGCCGGUGCACAGGAAGAGCGGUUUGACCCGGGCGGUCAAGCCCCUGGGCCGCAACCGCGAGCAGCAGCAGCAGCGGGAGAUGUCGUCACGCUCGCCCGAGCGGGGCAAAGAGCGCAGGCGCCCGUCGCCAGACACCGGCAAGGAGCGCACCAGGCGGCGCUCCUUGUCCUCCGAAAGCAGCAGGGACCGGCGCUCGCACUCCCCGCUGGCGCCGAGCAAAGACCGAGGCCGCCGGCGAUCCCUGACGCCCGGCGCCGGCAAGAACCGGGCAAAGCAGCGCAGGCUGUCGGCCAGCGGGCGGGAGCGUGGCGGCCGGGCGUCGCCCUCGCCCGGUAAGGAGCGUGCGCAGGAUUGGUCGCCGGGGACGGGAAGAAAGCGGCGCUCGUUGAGCUCUGGGAAGCGGGCGCCACGCAGACAAUCGCACUCUCCGCCCGCCGUGGCUGAGCGCGCCUCGCGCUGGUCCCAGUCGCCGGCGGCCGACGCGUAGGGACAAGCACGGCAAGCAUCGUGGCAAGUCGCCCGACGGGGCCAAGGAGCGGGCCAAGCGGAGGUCGCUGUCUCCGCCGGUUGGCAAAGAGCGCGUGCGCCGGCAUUCGAGCUCUCCCGAAACGAACAAGAGCCGGUGCAAGCGACGGACACAGUCCC